GCACGGGCGGGUAGUCAGUCCAAGCGUGUGAAUAAAUCAAGCGCAUGUCAUUAGCUAUUUCUGCGAAGUAUUUCCACCACUUAGCAUGGGUCCCAAACAUCAGGCAAUACUGUCAAACGUCUGCUUGAUUCCAUGCACUUCAAUUAUAUCAUGCCGUGUGAAAAUGCAGCCACAGUAGGCUCCCGUCUUGGCCAAAACGUUACAUCCCCAGCAUGUCUUCCCGAAAGCGCAAAAAGUACUCCAAAGAUUUAAAAUGCGUCUUAUUUCCGGAUAAUAUUGAAAGUGGUGCCAGAGCAGUCAGAAAACCAUCGGCACUUUCGUCAUCAUCCUCCGCCAGGAGCUGGGAAAGAUGUGGAGACAGUUUUUUGGACUCUCCACUUACAAACGAUGAGACGACAUCUGGAAGAAAACUGUCUGCAGUGCGAAAGUUAGCACAUCCGCCACUUUUAGAGCACUGUAAUGAGGAUCCGGUACACAUUGCAUGGAGCUCCAGCGAGAGUGAACAAUCUGACAAUGACGACCCCCGGCAGCAGCAUGACAAGCCUCCGAGUGCAAGGAGACCCUCGACUCCUUUUCAGUCGUACACCCAAGCACUGCACAUGCUCAGCACUGAUGAAGAUGACCCGCCUGUCAUAGAGACAGAGAGCGACCAAGAUGGGGAGGACUUUGAAAAAGACAGUGGGCAACAAAUCUCUGACUGCGAGUCGACAUCAUUCGCAGAAGAAGCUGAAAGCCAUCAGAUUAAGCCUACAGACCUUGAAAUCUCAGGCUACGCGUCUGACGGUGACAAUGAGGGUGAAACCCUGACCACUAGCAGACUGGACACCAAAAGCCCACAAGGACAAACUGGGGAGGGCAGCAAAAGGUCUGUCAGCGACUGGGUCAGGUGUGUUCACGCGAUGCUGCAGACUCCUCGGAAAGCAUCUGACAGACAGUCCAAGACCCCUGAUGACUCGGCCAAAAAGACCAGGAAGUUUCAAAGUGGAGGUCUUGCAGAGAGGCUGAAUCGACUACAGUGCAGGCAAAGGUCAGCUGUGAGCUUCUGGAGGCAUCGCUCCAACUCACAACAAACACAAGUGGAUAGGCAUGGUAUGCUGGUUCUGAAGGUGCUGGAGGUUCAGGAGGAGUGCAGCAUGCAACUGGUGCGCUGCCAGCACCACCCGCUGAAUGCAAUGGAGGGCCACCAACACCAUUGCACUCUCUCUGAGGAAGGCACUCUCGUGCUAGUAUUGUUCUGUCGGGAGACUGCAGCCCAGCUGAGUCCUGCGCCCACAGACAUCAUCCACAUAUACCCACCAUGGCAAACUCUUUCCCUGGAGAGUUUAGGCUGUGAUAUAAUUCUCAAUACGCACUUUAGCCGGAAAGUCAGCAACUCCACCUCAAAAGGCCUGCUUGCGGCUUGCAAGAGGGUCAUGCCUUAUCCUCUGUCCCGAAGAUUUGGAAUGCUGGAAGUUUGCAGGGGUUCUGUGGAAAAUGAUACCAGACAGGAAGUAGCCUCUGAUGGGCAUCCUGGUAUCCUACCAAGAUACCACUCUCUCCUGGAAUCUAUUGAGGGGAUGGGCCAGGCUGGUUCUGUGAGCCAGGACGUGAUGGUGAUGGUCCAGAGAGUGUAUUCCAUCCCUGUGCCAGUCUUCUCUAGGCUUUCCUCCAGGUCCUCCUCAGCUCCUCCUGUUGAACAGAAAGGCAAAAGCAGGAUUUGUGUUCUCGUCCAGGACAACUACGGGAUGUUCAGCGUGGUCCAGCUACACAUCCUGCCCUGCCAGGAUGCCCUGCGCCAGUACCACCAGGCGUGGCAGGGGAAGACAUGCAUGCUCAGAGGUUUGAAGGUGGUGCAGCGCAUCACCCGAGACAGGCGCUCCAGUCUUUUCAGCCUGAUAGACAGUCUGUGGCCCCCACUGAUGCCCCUUGAAUGUCAUGGAAACACCCCAAACCUGACCAGUAGUCGUCUUCCGGGCCCAGCUCCCAGCUUCUGCUACCUGCUGUCGGGUCAGGAGAACUCAGUCGAGCCUCUCGAAGGUCAGAGCAUGUCCACACUCCACGUUCCGUCUACAGAACAAACUUUACGAGACAUACUGCAGACUGAACAUGAAACGUACUGUUGCAGUUUUGUUGCCACUGUUGUUUACAAGAGGAUACAGAGCAGCCAUAUAGGUCAAGGUGAGGUUUGGCUGGUGCUGACGGACCCGAGCCUGCAGGAUGAGGCUUCCGUAAAGCCGUGCAGGCGAACGAUGGCUGUGUAUGUGAACACUUCCUGUGUGCUCACUUCCUCCGUCCUUAAAGUGUUCCAAUCGACUGCCAUGUGCCGAUUGUCAUUCAGAGAUGCCAUCAAAGAACAUGGUGUCCUGCUGUGUGUGGAACAUUCUGUCAUCGAUGUCACGUCACAUGAUGACAGUGUGGACUUGUCGUCCGACGCCUUGGCCCAACCUGUGAGACUGGAUCCACUCGAUGCGGAGGUCACGCCCAACUCGCUGUGCACUCUCACAGGUGUGAUAGUGGCCGUGGAUGAGAGCACGGCCCGUUCCUGGCCUGUUUGCAGCCACUGCGGAAGCAGAUACAAUACGAUACUUUCUAGAGGUCAAAGCUUCCACUGUGUCUCGUGCAAGUCACUUGUGGACAAGCCUGACACGCACGUCGAAAUGGAGGUCUUCCUCAGCUCUGCUUAUUUACAAAACUGCACUAUAAAGGUUAAGCUGCAGCAAAAGACGAUCAUGUCCAUUCUUGAUACGACUGCGCUGGAGCGUACGGCGGUCCCAGCGUACAAUGUGGACAGCGUGCUGGGAAAAGAACUGGGCCCCCUCACUGUUUAUGUCCGCAUGGUCACCAGGAGACCUUCUCUGUGGCUCAGCCUGGAAGAAAUCUCCCUCUGAGUGAAAGUAGAGAACUCUGUCAGACCCGCCCCCAACCCACCCUUCGAAGGCCUCCUCAUAUCCUAGUCCCUGCUGCAGGAAGACGAGGUGGUGUUUGUGUUAGUGAUGUGGUGGAGCAGCAGCAGCAGCAGUUGACAGGCCAAUGGCAUGCGUCCUGUCACACGUGCGCCAUCGACUUCCUUGUACAUUGCAUU